CACGAAACCUCUAUGAAAUCUGAGUCGGUUCCGCUGGGCUUAUUCCCCCAGAUUUGAGGGGACUUCCCCCCUUUCCCGGGGCCAACCCUCCUUUGGGCUACCCAACUUUUGCCCCCCACCUUCCUCUACCCCCCAUAUGGUGCGCAGUCGAGAGGACAUUAGUUUAUUUUGGUUCCCCACACUAAACACACACACUCAACCCAGUCUAUAUAUUUACAAGGGAUAAUCUCAAGGAUUACACGCAAACAUUUUCGCGGAUUAUCACCAGAACAAGAUUCAAGGAUUUUUACGGAAUAAGGAAUACUUGUGAUAACAAAAAACAAAGAAUUGAAUGCGGGAUUAAAGCGCAGUGAUAAAGGAUUGUCUGAACUGUGGGUUAGCUAAGGAUUGAAAAUGUUCUACCCGGAGCUAAGUCCAGCGAUGAAGUGGCACCUGGAGCAAAAACAGAAGAUGUACACCAACUUAAUGUUCCAAGAUCAGAGUAAACAAAACUACGAUAGUUUUCACGGUCAUGGUGGAGUAAACCAACUUGGUGGUGUGUUUGUCAACGGUCGACCUCUACCUGAUGUUGUUCGACAGAGGAUUGUCGAGUUAGCCCACCAAGGAGUUCGACCCUGUGAUAUUAGUCGACAGCUCAGAGUCUCACAUGGCUGUGUCUCUAAAAUACUUUCAAGGUACUAUGAGACUGGAAACUAUAAGGCGGGUGUGAUCGGUGGGAGUAAACCCAAGGUUGCCACACCCCCCGUGGUUGACGCUAUAGCGAAGUACAAGAAGGAGAACCCGACGAUGUUUGCCUGGGAGAUCAGGGAUAGGUUGCUGACCGAGCAGGUGUGCAACCAGGAGAAUGUACCCAGUGUUUCCAGCAUCAAUAGAAUAGUCCGAAAUAAAGCUGCAGAGAAAGCUAAAAUAUCUGGUUACGGGGGCGGCAGUCCUAUUCCACCAGAAACUAGUUUAAGGCAUCCAGCGUACAGUAUAAACGGAAUACUUGGAAUUCCUCAAACAGACGGAAAUCAUAAUUUACAUAAACGGAAACGAGAUGAUGAAGAUACUGAAUCAGAGAAGAGUUUAAUGGCGGAGGAAUGUAAACGGUUCCGCCAACAAUAUGAAGGUCAAUCCUACCCGGCGGUCUGGGCUGCCAAGUGGGGCGGAAACCCGCCGAUUAAACAAGAAAAACCCGCCAACCACGCCAUUGCAGAACUAGAACAUACGCCAACUCCUCCUCUGACACAAUCGCCGGCGGGCGGAACGGAAUCGCCUUAUCCUGGAGGAUUUUUUGCCGGAGGCGGUGGGGCUUUGACAUCUGAAACCUUGUAUGAGACAAUGAGCCAAAACUAUCCUGCCCUAACCUCGUCACUAGCCGCCGGAGUGCAGAACGGAGUGAGCGGAAAUACAGACUUUUAUUCUUCUAAUCCUUACACACAAUAUCCAACCUAUCCUGGAUACAAUUAUGCUCAACAGACAGGGAUACAGAGUAUCCAAAGUAAAUAGAAAUGGAUUCGAUACCAGUACAUAUUCUGUAUCCAAAACAGCUUUCAAUUUGUGACAUUUACUUAAUAAUGAAAAAUGCGCAAAAAUGUCUCUAAAACUAGCUCAAUACCAAUUUCAUAGGAGAGCAAAAAUUUAGCUAGUUAAAUAUUUGACAAUUAGCACCGAUUUUUCAUGUAAAAAGUGAAUAAAAAAGUCCAAGAUUUAAAUUUACUUUCAACUCCGGAUAAAUAGUAUUUUUCUUUUUCUUUUGUUACUUAUUUAAUAUUGUUAGGACUUUAAAAUUGUCGACAAUUAAGGAAUUAAAGGUAUAAUUUUUUUUGUAAUGAGAUU